CGCCGCCCCGGCCGCCGAGGUGGACACGAUGUGCGCGAACGCCGAGUUCAAAGAAACCUGCAAGAAGACCCUCUCCGAGGCCCAGAGCAGCGAGCCCAAGGGGCUUCUUCUCUCGUCGUUCAACUCCACCGUCGAGAACCUCCGGACCGCCAUCACCAAGUCGAAGACGUACCAAGACGCCUCCACCGAUAAGCGGACGAAGGGGGCGCUGGUCGUCUGCGAGCAGGUCCUCAACACCACCGUUAACAAUAUCAAAAGAUCGAUGGCCAGGAUCGACAAAUUCGAGGUCAGCGACGUUGAAGACUAUGUCGACGACGUCAAGGUAUGGCUCAGCGCCGGUGUCUCCUGCAAGGAUACCUGCGUCGACGCUUUCGAGAACACCACCGGGGAGACCGGCGAGAAGAUAAAGGAACUGCUCAAAACCUCCGGCGAGAUGCUCAGCAACGGCCUCGCGAUAGUCGAUGGUGUGGCAAAGCUUUUCGAGGCGCUCGAUCUCGGAAAACUGUUCAGCGGCUCGAAGAGGGUCCUCGAGCAGAAAGUGAUGGAGACAGUCCACGCCGGAAUCCCGGGUUUCGUGGAUCCGCAUCAGAGAAGCCUCCUUGGCGCGGCUCCGGGGAAGUUCACGCCAAAUGCGGUGGUGGCGCUUGACGGCAGCGGGAAAUACAAGACGAUCGGGGCAGCCAUCGCCGCCGCGCCCAUUAAUAGCACCAAGUUGUUCAUUAUCCAAAUCAAGGCCGGUGUUUACAAGGAGGUCGUCAAGGUCCCCGGUGGCGCCAACAACGUUGUCCUCGUCGGAGAAGGCCCCACCAAGACCGUCAUCUCCGGUAGCCAAAGCUUCGUAUCGGGCAUCCCUACCUUCCAAACUGCAACUCUAGCUGUUGAUGGUGAUGACUUUAUGGCAAAGGACAUCAAGAUCGAGAACUCGGCCGGAGCCUCGGGGCGCCAGGCGAUAGCAGUGCGAGUCUCCGGGGACAAGGCGGUGUUCUACAACGUGCACAUGAGCGGCCACCAGAGCACCCUCUACGCCCACAUCUACCGCCAAUUCUACCGCAACUGCCACAUCUCCGGCACCAUGGACAUCAUCUGGGGCGACGCCGAGGCCGUCUUCCAAAACUGCGUCGUCGCGGUGAAGCAGCCUCUCGCCAACCAAGAUUGCACGGUGACCGCCCAGGCCCGCAACGACAGCCGGGCCGUGGGCGUGACGGUGCUCCAGAACUGCAGCAUCACGGUGGAGAAGGAAUUCUUCACCGUGAAGCCCGCGGCCAAGGCGUACCUGGGCCGGCCCAUGAAGGCGUUCUCGAGGACGAUCGUGAUGGAGUCGAACAUCGACGGCUUCAUCGCGCCCGAGGGGUGGACGGAGUGGAUGGGGACGUGGGGCCUCGACACGCUCUACUACGGCGAGUACAAGAACCGGGGGCAAGGGGCCGCCACCGCGAAAAGGGUGACGUGGAAGGGCAUUCAGAAGAUGACGCCGGAUCUCGCCGAUAAAUUCACUCCGGCGAAGGUCUACGACGGCGACGACAGCUGGAUUAAGAACACUGCAAUUCCUUAUGUUGGAGGAAUGGUCAACCCUAAAUGAACAUACUAAUUUAAUUUUCUAAUUAACAAGUGAGACAUGUAAAACUAGGCUAUGAUAUUCAAUUAGGAGUUUUUAUCUUAUUUUACAAUUAUUAGGAAUUAGUAUGUCACCUGUAUGAUUGAUGUAUAUGUUUUGAUC